AUGGGAGCACGCGCUGCGAGGCCCCGCGGUCCGCGCCGUGGUGCUGAAAACGCGGCGCGCCGAAGGCGGGCGCCGGGCGCGCGCCAACUGACCCGCUCCCGGAGUACGCGAGGCCGGAGCGUGCGCUUGGGGUCUCGCUUGACAGCCCCUGCCUGGCGGGCGCCCAGAGUCGCCAGGCCGGAGAUGGCCCCCGACCCAGUGGCCGCCGAGACCCCGGCCCGGGGGCCCACGCCGCGCUACUUCACCUGGGACGAGGUGGCGCAGCGCUGCGGGCGCGAGGAGCGGUGGCUCGUGAUCGACCGGAAGGUGUACAACAUUAGCGAGUUCACCCGCCGGCACCCGGGGGGCUCCCGAGUCAUCAGCCACUACUCCGGGCAGGAUGCCACGGAUCCCUUUAUGGCGUUCCACAUCAACAAGGGCCUUGUGAGGAAGUAUAUGAACUCUCUCCUGAUUGGGGAACUGUCUCCGGAGCAGCCCAGCUUUGAGCCAACCAAGAAUAAAGAGCUGACUGAUGAGUUCCGGGAGCUGCGGGCCACGGUGGAGCAGAUGGGGCUCAUGAAGGCCAACCACGUCUUCUUCCUGCUGUACCUAUUGCACAUCCUGCUGCUGGAUGUUGCUGCCUGGCUCACACUUUGGGUCUUUGGGACAUCCUUCGUGCCCUUCCUCUUCUGUGCAAUGCUGCUCAGCGUAGUUCAGGCCCAGGCUGGCUGGCUCCAGCAUGACUUUGGCCACCUGUCAGUCUUCAGCACCUCUACAUGGAACCACCUGGUACAUCAUUUUGUGAUUGGCCACCUGAAGGGGGCCCCUGCCAGUUGGUGGAAUCACAUGCACUUCCAGCACCACGCCAAGCCCAACUGCUUCCGCAAAGACCCAGACAUCAACAUGCAUCCCUUCUUCUUUGCCUUGGGAAAGAUCCUCUCUGUGGAACUUGGGAAACAGAAGAAAAAGUACAUGCCAUACAACCACCAGCACAAAUACUUCUUCCUGAUCGGGCCCCCAGCCUUGCUGCCUCUCUACUUCCAGUGGUAUAUUUUCUAUUUUGUUUUCCAGCGGAAGAAGUGGGUGGACUUGGCCUGGAUGAUCACCUUCUACACCCGCAUCUUCCUCACUUAUGUGCCGCUGUUGGGGCUGAAAGGCUUUCUGGGCCUUUUCUUCAUGGUCAGGUUCCUGGAAAGCAACUGGUUUGUGUGGGUGACACAAAUGAACCACAUCCCCAUGCAUAUUGACCACGACCGAAACGUGGACUGGGUCUCCACCCAGCUCCAGGCAACAUGCAACGUCCACAAGUCCGCCUUCAACGACUGGUUCAGUGGACACCUCAACUUCCAGAUCGAGCACCAUCUUUUUCCCACAAUGCCCCGACACAAUUACCACAAAGUGGCUCCCCUGGUGCAGUCCCUGUGUGCCAAGCAUGGCAUAGAGUACCGGUCCAAGCCACUGCUCUCAGCCUUCGCCGACAUUGUCCACUCACUGAAGGAGUCGGGGCAGCUCUGGCUAGAUGCCUAUCUUCACCAGUAACAACAGUCCCCAACCCCCACCUGAAGAGGAAGAGGACUCUGGAGUCAAAGCAGAGGAGAGC